GUGUCCCUAAGGUUCCCACCUCAAUAUCUAGUUUUCUGUCAAGCCCUUUAACAAACAUAAUACUUGCAUCCUCGCAAUCUCUUCGCUUUUGUUGUAUACGAAGAAAACCAGAGACUCCAAUUCUGAUCUGAUCUGCGGCACAGGAGAACGAGAUGGGGUACGUUUUGAGAGUUAGGUUAGCAUCUUUCUUUGCAGGUGCUGCAACAGCGUCAGCUGUUGGUCUAUAUGUCCUUCAAAAGGAUUAUCAGGUCGCUCACGAGUCCAUCUCUCGGCAGAUGAGAGGCCUCUAUGAGUCUUUGGAUGGACGUGUCUCAGCUCUGGAGAAGUUGAAAGAAGCUGAGGCUCCUCAGCAUGUGGAAGCCACUGAGUAGUGUCACUGAGGUUUGGUUUGUCAGCUCCUUGAAAUGUUUGUUCUCAGUAUGCCAACUGCUUGUGUUGUUUUUUUUUUAAAUUUUUGGGGCAAUAAUCUCAACUCAGCUAAUUUGCAUGUGACUUUACUCGGUGAUUAUAACUGAAAUGAAGAUUUUCUGCAUACAAAUUUCAUUUAGUCUGAAUGGGCUAAUAUUUAUGCCGCAAUUUGGAUGAUUAAGCAUUUGUCAUUGUUGUCU